ACUUAUUCAUGACAACCCGAUAAGUGUUCGGAAGAGCAACCGGUCUUAUUACAAUUUUUGCCAAUGCCAAAAAAUUGCCGGACUCGGUGAUCGAUCGUGCUCGGUAACAACCGUACAUGGAUUUUCUUCUCAUUUGGCCCAAUGGGCCUGACUCGGCCCAAUAGUAUAAGGCCUUGGGCCUCGAGAGAUGUCGAUCGAGAGAGAGAGAGAGAGUUCGUCUUCGUCCCUACUGACCACUCUUUUCUGCUACUCUGCCAUCGAUGAGUCGAAGCUUUCCUUCGCCAUUCACUUCUUCCCCUUCCAAAAAUGGCGUUCUCCGCAAACCCACCUCACCAUUUCCAUCCCCUGCACAGAAAGGUUUCUCCUUGUCGCCCCAUCAGAGCCAACAAUCCCAAGAAUUUCCCUUCCUUUACCCACAGACCCAUCUCAUCAUCUUCUUCCCGGGACGCUCAUGGACUGAUGAAGAAGGAGACAUCCUUCCCCAGCGGCUGUCCGUACUCUUCCAUGAUUCUGGGUUAUGCAAGAAACGGCCUUUUGCCUCAAGCAAUGGAGGUUUGGGAGCAGAUGAUCUACAGCUCCUAUGUGCCCAGCAGUGAAGUAGUGUCAGAGCUAAUGGAUGCUCUUGCAAGCUCUGGUCAGUUCAAUGUCGCGAAUCGAAUUCUGAACCAGGUGAGCAGAAAGGCCCCCAGACCGUUGCCGGGAUUGUAUACCGCGGCGAUCUCUUGCUUCGGGAAGGGUGGUCAGCUCCAGCUGAUGAAUGCCACAUUCAAGAAAAUGGUGUCACUGGGUGUCAAGCUAGAUUCUGCAACAGGGAAUGAGGUGAUCAGAUGUUACAGCAGUUAUGGGACAUUGGAAGACAUGGAAACUGCUUACAGUGUGCUGAAGCAGUCCAGGCAUCUGAUUCAGGAACAAGGAGUCAGGUCCAUGUCAAUGGCGUACAUCAGGGAGGGGAAGUUCUUCAGGUUAGGGGAGUUUGUGAGGGACGUGGGGCUUGGUAGGAGAGACCUUGGAAACCUCUUAUGGAACGUCCUGCUGCUGUCCUUUGCUGUGAACUUCAAGAUGAAGAGCUUGCAGAGGGAGUUCCUGAGGAUGACCCGGUCGGGAUUUGUUCCCGACAUUGAUACCUUCAACAUCAGAAUGCUGGCAUUCUCCAGGAUGUCCCUCUUCUGGGACCUCCACCUGAGCCUGCAGCAUAUGGAACAUGGAGGUGUUGUUCCUGACCUUGUCACUGUUGGCUGUGUUGUUGAUGCUUACUUGGAGAGGAAGCUUGGGAGGAAUCUCGGGUUCGCCCUGAAGAGGUUGAGUUUGGAUGAUCCUGCUGAAGUUUCGACCGACCCACUCGUGUUCGAGGCAUUUGGGAAAGGGGACUUCCACUUGAGCUCCGAGGCGUUCAUGGAGUUCGAUAGUAGGAAGAGGAAGAAUGGGGGCUGGAGUUACAGGGACUUGGUUGCAGUGUAUCUCAAGAAGCAGAGCAGAAGGGAAUGCAUUUUCUGGAAUUACUAAGUACAUAGAAGGUCCAUCUGUUCUCCCGGAAUUUUGCCUCAGCCAAACCGGAAAUUUUCCACAUAGCCCGAGCCGCCCAGAAGGUUCCACUCUCGUGGAUAGACCAGGUCUUCACCUAGACCACAAGGGAAGUUUUCCUGAUAGCCUAAGACGGUUGUGAAGUUUCCAAUUCCUAGACAGACCCAAGUCUAGGAUUAGGAAGAUUCUACCGACAUCGAACCAACCAGUUGUUGAUCGGUAUGUUUGAAGAAGUACAUGGGACUGUGAUAACCAAAACCAAAAUAUAAUUUCUUUCAUUACUUUGUAGACAAUAUUAAUAUGUUUGUAACUUUGUACAUUGACACUUUGGAGUGGAGAGGUAGAAAUUUUCUCAGCCACCAAAA